GAGUGUUUGUCGAGGAAAGUCGACGCUGCCAAUGAAACACACAUGCAGGCGUAGGGAAUCCAGAUUUCAGCAUCGUUCUCCAUUCCCUUGACGUCGACAAUGCAUCGAUAACGAUGGUAGCGCGCAGCAAUGCCUUCGAUCUGUUUCAUGCGUGAUGUCUUAAUAGCUGCCAAAUAAUACAGCCAAAGUGUGGAGGUAAAACAAGGUUAAGAAAAACAACCAGUGGUGAGUGUGUGACUGUGUGUAGGGGGCAGCCGCCAUGCCGCUGGUUAAAAGAUGCAUCGAGCCCAGGCACCUGUGCCGUGGAGCCGUGCCGGACGGGGUCACCAGCGAGCUGGAGUGUGUCACAAACAGCACCCUGGCAGCCAUCAUCAAACAGUUGGGGGGCCUGAGUCGACAUGCAGAGGACAUUUUUGGAGAGCUGUUCAAUGAGGCCAACAGCUUCUACAUGAGAAUGAACAGCCUCCAAGAGAGAGUGGACCUGCUGGCGGUCAAAGUCACCCAGCUGGACUCCACUGUGGAGGAGGUUUCGCUUCAGGACAUCAACAUGAGGAAGGCCUUCAAGAGCUCCACCAUCCAAGACCAGCAGGUGGUGUCCAGGAACUCCAUCCUCAACCCUGUCAUGGAGAUGUACCAUCGCUGUGACAAACCUCCACCCCUCAACAUCCUUAGCCCCUACAGGGAUGACAACAAGGAUGGUCUGAAGUUCUACACAGACCCAUCCUACUUCUUUAAUCUGUGGAGAGAGAAGAUGAUCCAAGCAACAGAAAACAAGCGGAAGGAGAAGAGGCGGCAGAAGGCAGGUGACAAGGAGCAGAAACAGGUGGAGGACCCCAGCCGGGAGGUGAAGAAGGUGAGGAAGGCCCGUAACCGUCGUCAGGAGUGGAACAUGAUGGCAUACGACAAGGAGUUCCGUCCAGAAAACCGCCUCACGCCUUCACCCUACCAUGGCAUGUCCUCUGAGGGAUCUCUCUCUCCAGACAGGUCUGGUAUGUCUGAUGAGCUGUCCUACCCUGCCAGCCCUAACCACCCACCCCAGGAGGGAGCUGUCUUGGGUCCUGAUGGGAAGGAGCACCUCACAGGCCUCAACCAGACCCAGUCUCUGGACCGGGCCUACCGACCCCCUGCUGCCGGCACCGCUGCAGCCCAAGCCCGCCAGCACUCCCUGGGCCGCGUGCAGCCCAACCAAGGACCCACACCCACAGACCCCUCCCUAAACGGACCCCGGCCUGCAGCUGCCAAAGAGGCUAGUGGUCACCAGAUGCCAGAGCACUUUAUCCCUCCGGCCCCGCCCCCACCUCCUCCCCUCAUCCCCUCAGCCCAGACGGCCUUCGACAGCACAGCAGGGCCUCCCACCCUGGCCCCUGCAGGUCUCCCCACCCUGGCCCCUGGCACCAUGGCCACUCUGUCCCGCCCAUACAGCCCCUCACCCCCUCCACCCCCACCCGCCAGCUACUUCCCCUCUCCAUCCCACCCUGUCACUGGGGGACCCCCUGUUGCCCCUCCUCCACCCCCACCUGGUGGCCCCCCAACAUUCGCUCCCUCCCCAGCCCAUGCCAUGCACCCCUCUGGGGGCACACUGCCAAGGAAGGGCAAGGUGCUAGGCAUCCCGAUAAGCGACGCACGCAGCGACCUGCUGUCAGCCAUCCGCAGAGGCAUCCAGCUGAGGAAGGUGCAGGAGCAGCGUGAGCAGGAAGCAAAGAAGGAGCCAGUAGGGAACGACGUGGCCACCAUCCUGUCCCGACGCAUCGCAGUGGAGUACAGCGAAUCAGAUGAGGACUCGGAGCCUGAGGAGAAUGAGUGGUCAGACUGAGGCGGAGAGGAGAGGGUGGGGCAGAGCAGAGGGCUAGGACUUACUGUACUCACCUACAUACUGCUGCUAUUCCAAUACCAGGACACACACACACACACACAGCAUACUACAUCUCGAUUGACCUCUUGUUAGGGAAAGUAGAUGAGACACUUACACAGUAUGACAGUAUCUAUUAACUAGUCAGAUACUGUAUGCGGAAGGAGGGGAAGGAGAGGAAGGGAGAGGAGGAGGCCACAGUGGGUCUGAGGGGGGGGGGGAUCUGUUGGAACCAAGCACAGCAAGCUUAUACGUACAUACAGUGCAUUCAGAAAGUAUUCAGACCCCUUGAGUUUUUCCACAUUUUGUUACGUUACAGCCUUAUUCUAAAAUGUAUUAAAUUGUUUUUUCCCCUCAUCAAUCUACACACAAUACCCAUAAUGACAAAGCAAAACUGUUUUUUAGAAUUGUUCGCAAAAAUUAAUAAUAAAUAGAAAAAUUCAAUCCCACUUAUGUAAGUAUUCAGACCCUUUACUCAGUACUUUGUUGAAGCACCAUUGGCAGCGAUUACAGCCUCGAGUCUUCUUGGGUAUGAUGCUACAAGCAUAGCACACCUGUAUUCAGGUAAUUUCUCCCAUUCUUCUCCCAUUCUUCUCUGCAGAUCCUCUUAAGGUCUGCCAGGUUGGAUGGGGAGCGUCGCUGCCCAGCUACUUUCAGGUCUCUCCAGGGAUGUUUGAUCGGGUUUAAGUCCAGGCUCUGGCUGGGCCACUCAAGGACAUUCAGAGACUUGUCCUGAAGUCACUCCUGCGUUGUCUUGACUGUGUGCUUAGGGUUGUUGUCCUGUUCAUCAAGGAUCUCUCUGUACUUUUCUUCAUUCAUCUUUUUCUCGAUCCUGACUAGUCUCCCAGUCCCUGCCACUAAAAAACAUCCCCACAGCAUGAUGCUGCCACCACUCUGCUUCAACGUAGAGAUGGUGCAAGGUGACACUUGGCAUCCAAGUUCAAUCUUAGUUUCAUAAGACCAGAGAAUCUUGUGUCUCAUGGUCUGAGAGUCCUUUAGGGGCCUUUUGGCAAACUCCAAGUGGGCUGUCAUGUGCCAUUUACUGAGGAGUGGCUUCCGUCUGGCCCCUCUAUCAUAAAGGCCUGAUUGGUAGAGUGCUGCAGAGAUGGUUGUCCUUCUGGAAGGUUCUCCCAUCUCCACAGAGGGACUCUGGGGCUCUGUCAGAGUGACUAUCAGCUUCUUGGUCACCUCCCUGACCAAGGCCCUUCUCCCCCGAUUGCUCAGUUUGGCCGGGAGACCAGCUCUAGGAAGAGUCUUGGUGGUUCCAAACUUCUUCCAUAUAAGAAUGAUGGAGGCCACUGUGUUCUAUGGGACCUUCGAUGCUGCAGAAAUGCCUAGUUAAAUGAAGGAAAAAUAAAUAAAAAGGAUGAUCAGUGGAAACAGGAUUCAUCUGAGGUCAAUUUCAAGUCUCAUAGCAAAGGGUCUGAAUACUUAUGUAGAUAAAGUAUUUCUGUUGUUUAUUUUGAAUAGAUUUGCUAAAAAUGUGAAGAAUCUGUUUUCGCUUUGUCAUUAUGGGGUAUUGUGAGUAAAUUGUCAUUAUGGGGUUGUGUGUGUAGAUUGUCAUGAUGGGGUAUUGUGAGUAAAUUGAUGAUGAUUUUUAUUUUAUUUGAUCUAUUUUAGAAUAAGGCUGUAACGUAUCAAAAUGUGGAAAAAGUCAAGGGGUCUGAAAACAUUCCCAAUGCACUGUAGGGGUAAAAGGCCAAUAUCAGCCGAUAGUAAUAAUAAUUAAUAACAUUUCUAUAGCGCUUUUCAUAAUCCCCUAGCGCUUCAAAAGAAGAAAACAAACAAGCAAUACAUCAUCAUGAGUAGCCUAGCUAUAGUUAGCUUGGUUAACCAAUACAUCAUCAUGAGUAGCCUAGCUAUAGUUAGCUAGGUCAACCAAUACAUCAUCAUGAGUAGCCUAGUUGUCGUUAGCUUGGUCAAACAAUACAUCAUCAUGAGUAGCCUAGCUAUAGUUAGCUUGGUUAACCAAUACAUCAUCAUGAGUAGCCUAGCUAUAGUUAACUUGGUCAACCAAUACAUCAUCAUGAGUAGCCUAGCUAUAGUUAACUUGGUUAACCAAUACAUCAUCAUGAGUAGCCUAGCUAUAGUUAGCUAGGUCAACCAAUACAUCAUCAUGGGUAGCCUAGCUAUAGUUAGCUUGGGGUCUGAAUACUUUCUAAAUGCACUGUAUAUGAUUAUAAUAUAAUACACAAGGUCCAGUAUAAAGGUGUUUAUUUCAUGAGUUAUGAUAUUGUAGUUUGAAUAUUAUUUGUUGUUUCAGUUGCAUAUCUUCCACCUGUAAAUGAGUCAGACAAAAACUACAAUGUUGUUUUCAAGGUGAAGAGGCCAAGGCAUUCUUUCAACUAGUCUGAUCUGUAAUGUACUUAAAUAUUUGUCUAUUGAAAAGUAUUUAGUGUUCUGUUCUGGUUCUAUAUGAAGAAGAUGCCACAUCAAGUGUAUAUCAGGUUGGUUGAUACGUUUGGACACAUGGUACUGUCGUCGUAACUGUGUCAUCAACACAACUUCUUGUUAUCUGAGGGACGUCCCUUUUGUAACGGAUGUCUUCUGGAGAUAGAGAGGAGGACCAAAAUGCAGCGUGAUGAUUAUCCAUUUUAAUGGGAUACCUAAACAACGAACAAAAACAAUGAACCGACAAAAAGAACGAAGACGAAACAGUCCCGUAACGUGAAUACCAACACAGGAACAAUCACCCACAACCCCACAAUACAAAACAGGAUCCCUAAAUAUGGUUCCCAAUCAGAGACAACGACUAACACCUGCCUCUGAUUGAGAAACAUAUCAGGCCAAACACAUAGAAACAGACAAACUAGACAUACAACAUAGAAUGCCCACUCAUAUCACACCCUGACCAAACAAAACAUAGAAACAAACAGCGCAAACUAUGGUCAGAGUGUGACACCUUUGUUUUAUUUGUCUACAGUGUUGUGGUUAAGUAUUGAUACCCUAAUUGGCAGUGUGUAACAUCAGUUGUCGUUUUUGGUGAACAUAAUUUGCUGAAGAUUUGCUGGUUGACGUAACGACUACCAUGUCUGUGUGUGUGUGUGUGCCUUGCUGUUAAUUUCUUUUCUGAUUAUUUUAAUGUUGAAGGCCUGAAGAGAUAGUCCUGAAUUAUAUAUACUGUAUAUAUUUUUAUUUUACCCUUAUUUUACCAGGUAAGUUGACUGAGAACACAUUCUCAUUUACAGCAACGACCUGGGGAAUAGUUACAGGGGAGAGGGAGAGGAAGGGGGUUGAGUGAGUCAAUUGUAAACUGGGGAUGAUUAGGUGGCCAUGAUGGUAUGAGGGCCAGAUUGGGAAUUUAGUUUGGGAAAUAGAUAGUCCUGAAGAGGUAGUGGUUGAUUUUUGGUGUGCUUGUCGUCCAGUUUGACUAAUGUCCUGCUGGAGCAGACGAGAGAGGCGGGGCAUAGCAAUGUUUCAGACAUACUGGUCCUAUGUUCUAUCAAGUCAUAUGUUUAUAUUACUACUAAUGUGUUUUACAAUUCAUUGUUGUAUAGAUUUUUGUAGCACUGCUUGUAAAAUGAAUUUGGGUAUCUAGAUAUGAAAUGACUAUCACAUUGAUCAAACCUAGUAACAAUAGUGCACGUAUGAGGAGCUAAUAAAAUGACAUAAGUGUUCUGAUACCUUA